AUGCACUGCACACAGGUUUAUCUGGCGAUACUAUCCAGAAACCAUAGUUCAAAGGUCUGGGUCGCACGGCUAAAGAUAUACCGGAGGUUGAAGGCGCCCAUAGACAGAGAAACAGAGGAAGAGGGAGAGAGAGAUGGCGGUGGCCAACGCUUGGGCCACGGGACACUCUACAGUCCCGAUGACCCCAUACAGACCCUCCCACUCUUCUUCUUCUUCUUCUUCUUCUUCUUCGUCUUCUUUUGAUUGCUCCAUUGCCAAGAAAUCUGCUAAUUUCCCCAAACGACCACAUCUUAGAACCCGAAAGAGUUACAAGCUUUCUUGCCGUUACAGCUCAAUAGCUAGUAACAAUGGCAAUACCCAAAAUAAUUCUUCUUCGGAGUGGGAUUGGAAUCGGUGGACCCGCCAUUUCUCUGAAAUUGAACAAGCCGAGAGCUUUGCUUCAGUUCUUAAGUUUCAACUAGAGGAUGCAAUAGAAAAGGAAGACUUCCAGGAAGCUGCAAAGUUGAAAACAGCAAUUGCAGAAGCCACAUCAAAGGACAGUGUUGCUGAAAUUAUGUCUCAGUUAAAGGAUGCAAUAGAUGAAGAGUGUUACCUUGAGGCUUCAAGGUUGUGCAGAAGUACUGGAAGUGGGCUGGUUGGUUGGUGGGUGGGCUAUUCAAAAGAUUCCGAUGAUCCCUUUGGCAGACUAAUACGUAUAGAUCCUGGCAUGGGCAGAUUUGUUGGCAGAAGCUAUAGUCCAAGGCAGUUGGUCACUGCAUCUCCUGGAACUCCAUUCUUUGAAAUUUUUGUGGUCAAAGAUGUCGAUGACAGCUACACUAUGCAGGUAGUAUUUUUGCAGCGAGUGAAAGGAAGUACAGCGAACUCCACAAGUUCACCCAAUUCAAAACCUACAAAAGAGCCAAUUACUGCAGAAAUUGAGAAUGCAUCUGUAGUCGAUGUUAAAGUGAAUGAAAAUAAAGCACAAAGUAUUGAGGAUAAGGGCAUAAAUUUUGAGGUAGCAACCGAGGAAGGGAUCAAAAGUCUGAUAAAUUUUCUCAAAGAUAAAAUCCCUGAACUGAAAAUGAAAGUAUUGAACAUCAAUGUUACCGAAGAAGUAAUAAAAGAUAGCAACACGGUGAAGCAAUUCUUGGAAGAAGAUGGAGAGAAUACAUCAUCCACUGACGAUUCUGAAGACGAAGCUAGUAGAUUAGAUGACAAUCAGCCUGACCAGGUUCCUUUGGGAGGAAGUGGCGAUGCUGGGGAGGAUAGAAAGAAUUUAGAUACGAAGCUUUUCAUUGGUGGAGUAUUACACAAUAAGGAGGACAUUCCUUCCAAGGAUGAGUAUGUACGGGUACCAGCUGAAAUUGAAGAUAUGGAAAAGGAUACUUUUGUGCUACACAUUCCUAUGAAAAACCAAGAUAAGGAUGCUGAUGAAAAUAUUGCAUCUAAGGUCAAAAUGGCCGUAGGGGUUUCUGACCUCAUGCCUCCAGAUGUGGCCAAGACAUUUUGGAGUUCUGAUAAAAUUUCUUCAAAGGUAUCUAAAGAUGUGCGUGAAAUUGUCAAGCUUGCUGUUAGUCAGGCACAGAAGCGUGAAAAAUUAUCCGAAUAUACAAAUUUUAGUCGAAUAUCCACUUCCAAAGGUGAUGUAGAUCCGUUUGAUGGCUUAUAUGUUGGUGCAUUCGGCCCUUAUGGCACUGAGGUGGUGCAGUUGCGGCGUAAAUAUGGUAACUGGAAUGGUGUGAACAAUGCUGACAAACCUUCGGAUGUGGAUUUCUUCGAGUAUGUUGAGGCCGUCAAGUUGACAGGGGAUCUAAAUGUUCCCGCUGGCCAGGUGACAUUUCGCUUUAAAAUUGGGAAAGGGAAUCGCCUCCCCAACAGGGGUAUGUAUCCAGAUGAAUUAGGAGUGCUUGCGAGUUACAAAGGUCAAGGAAGGAUAGCAGAAUUUGGGUUUCGAAAUCCAAAGUGGGUUGAGGGUGAACUUCUUCAACUCAAUGGCAAGGGUAUGGGUCCAUAUGUCAAAGGUGCAGACCUUGGUUUCCUUUAUGUUGUUCCUGAGCAAAGUUUCCUUGUGCUAUUCAAUCGUUUGAAACUACCGGACUAG